AUGUUAAGAACACUUAAGAAAACUCCUGGCUUGGUUACUAACCUGCAAAAUCGGCUAGUAUUUCCAGAAAAACUGAAAGGUACUAUUGUAGAGAAAUUGGCAAAUUACUGGAAGAAUUUAUUUAUCGAUUAUAAACAAAUGUUACAAGAUUUACGGACAGAUAUUCAAGAUGAUCCACGGAAGGCACUAAAGUGGUGCACAGGCUUAACUACGCUUUAUUUUUUGGCUAAAAACAAUCCUACAGAGACAGAUUAUAAAGAUAAAGCGAAAAGUAUUACAAAUGAAGUAAUUUUAGUAAGUGAAGACUGCAGAAAUACAAAAUCAAUAGACCACCUGAGAAACAUUCAACAAAGUUAUAAUGAAGGGGUAUUACAUUAUGUAAGUUUCGGUAUUGUCUCCUUUAUGUAUACCACAGAUUUAAAUGAUGGGUGUGAUUUGUAUAAAGCGCACUGCUCUUAUUUACAACCCAAAUAUACCUCAAUUUUGUCAAAAAUUACUGAUGUUGGUAUUAUGGGUAGAUGGUGGAAUAUUUUCAUUAAAACAACAAACUUUGAUGUUAAAGAUUAG